AUGGUCAAUGAAUCUUGUAAUAAUAUUGGCGGCCUCUUGGGUGAGGCGCUUGAGCCAUUUUAGUAAGAAGUCCACGAGGUAUCCGCUUGCUUACUUCCCUUCUUUCUCUCCGAGCCUCUCCGAUGACAAGAAGAUCGGUGCGAUACGCCGUGGUUGACGCUUUCACUGAUACUCCUUUCAAGGGGAACCCUGCUGCCGUCUGCUUACUGGAAGAAGAAGUGGGAGUGGAUGACAACUGGAUGCAGAAUGUUGCCAAGGAAUUCAAUAUCUCUGAGACCGCUUUCUUGCUCCCCUCCAACGCCUCCUCUAAACCUCGUUUCCGUCUCCGAUGGUUCACUCCCGUGGCAGAGGUUGAACUUACUUCUGGGAAGGACCUUGCUGAUAUUAAACCAAAUUUUGUUGAGCUAGCUAGAUGUGUUGGAAGGGGUGUCAUUAUGACAGCUCCUGCUCCUCCUGGUACUGGAUUUGAUUUCUUUACGCGCUUCUUCUGUCCAAAGAUGGGAGUUAAUGAGGAUCCUGUCUGCGGGAGUGCACACUGCGCAUUAGCACCCUACUGGAGUAGGAAGUUGGGGAAGAACAAUCUUAUCGCUUAUCAGGCUUCUCCAAGGAGUGGAAUACUUGAUCUACAAGUGGAUGAAGAGAGAAGUCGAGUUCUGAUUCGAGGAGAAGCUGUGACUGUUAUGGAGGGCUUUCUAAUGGUCUAAUGUCCAUUUUGGAGCUUGUCAGCAGUUUUUAUUGAUAAAUUCAGAACUAAAUAACAUGAACCAAUUCAUUUUGGAACAAGUUAUUACAACAUUGGUUAAGGUUUCGUUUGAGAUAGUUUUCUUAUUGUAUUCUAAAGUUAUUUUCUAGUACAAAAAAUUUAGUAUUAGAAAGCAAAUAGGAAGCUAUCCCAAAUGAAGCCUAAAGCUUGAAAUAAAUAAACUAUCACUUACACUGCAGGAUUUUAAUAUUCCCCAAUUAUUAUGAUAAUUGCAUAGUGCAAUUAGCUUAUCCAGUCAUUUAAUUUA